CGGGGUGCGCUCCGCUGGAUACAGGACUAGAGGAGCUCAAAACACAAAGCCAGCAGCUGCAGGGGCAGCCACCCAGCGGAGCAUACUCACGGCUGGGGCUAGGGGUCCCUGCGAUCCCUGCUGUGCAGCCGCCCAGGGCCAGCGCGAGGCGGCGCCGGGUCUCCUUGCCAACCCCGCGCGCCGCGGCCAAGGGUCCUGCCAAACCUGCCCAGUUCCCCCCUUGCUACCGACCCUUGAGAAAACCCAGCCCGGAGCUCCGUGUAGCCCGCGCGGCGCCUGCGGCUCCGACUUUUCGUGUUGGGGGGUCCCGCCGGCCCGCCGCGCUCCCCACCUUGCCUGCGCCCACGCGAGCCCAGCAGAUCUCCACGCAGCGAGCAUCAACAGAGUCGCGCCGCGCGCCGACGGAGCGGACAUGGGCAGAGCGAUGGUGGCUAGACUGGGACUGGGGUUGCUGCUUCUGGCACUGCUCCUACCCACGCAGAUUUAUUGCAACCAAACAUCUGUUGCACCGUUUUCAAGUAACCAGAAUAUCUCUACUGCCCCAAACCCAACUAAUGCCACCACCAGAGCAGGUGGCAGUGCCCUGCAGUCAACAGCCGGUCUCCUCGCCAUCUCACUUUCUCUUCUACAUCUCUACUGUUAGAGACUCAGGCCAAGGAACGUCUCUACUUCCCCAUCUUCUAGACCCACCCCAGAUGAUAACCACAAGUCCAGUGUGACCCAGAAGAAACAGGUCCACAUCAAAUUUGCUAUUACCACACCUCAACAGAAAACACUGAGAAUUCACGUGAAGGGUUUGACAGUUGGUGCAUGCCAAUAUUGAAUCUGCUGGAGUCUUAUGAUCACGACGAAGAUAACAGCCCGAGCUGACAUGAUUUCCUUGAAUGUGGCUUAAGAAAUGUGGACACUUAAAACUCUAACUUGAAAUCAACGUAGGUUUUUUUGUAGAGAUAAUGAUGGGAUGUGGGACGGAGAUUCAGUUUUCAUUGGCUCAUUCAACCUAUAAGGCCAUAACACGGCUAGGUGACCUUAAGAAGCUUCUCUGAUGCUAUUUAUGUAUAUGUUGGAAGGAACUACCAGGUGUUACUUUAAAUCCUCAUUGUAUUGUUUCCUUACUACUAAUUUAAUAUGCUAAGCUCUAGGUAAAGUUCUCCAUUGUUGAGCUGUUCUCUUUGGAAUUGAACAUUUUUCCCACUCCAGUGACCUUAGGUAUGACGUUAUAUUUGACCUUUAUUAAUAAUUGACAUGUGCCAGGCAACAACGGAUUGGAAUCCACCCCCAAAUUCAGCCACCAUUAAAUACAUCUUAUUUCAAAAGUCAAGUAGUAGGCAUUUUCCAUCAUCUUUUCUCACAAAGUGUGCCAGAUUCCCUUACGUAAACUGGUUCCAGAGAGCAGAAUUAUGUUGACCUCAGCCAAUUUCAAAAUGCUGCUUUUUAUUUCUGCAUAUGUUGAGGGGUUUUCAUAAUUUAAAGUGUGGUCUGUUAGGAAGGCAAAAUUAUGAAUCUUGAAAUUCUAAAGGCAAAUAUGCAAAGGAGCCAAAACCAUAAACCUAGCAUUUGGGGCGUGAAGCCUGGAAGCUAACUUGCAUUGAAUUCACAAAGUCUUUUAUACAAUUUCUGUAAAUACUUUUUUUUUUUUAAAGCAGAGAAACAAAACAAUGGAUCAGAAUAGCCACAUUUGGGAUACUUUGUUUAUCAGUUCAUAUUUUUAGAUAGUUUGACAUUGGUCCUGUGCCUGAAAGGGAGCUUGGCUUUACCGUGAGUUUUUCCAAUGCCUUGAUACACACAUCCCUUCUAAAACAUAGACACUCCUUGAAAAAAAAAUCUUUCGUUCGCAUGGUCACACACUGAUGCUUACACAUUCUGGGAUCUAAUAUGGCCACAGUAGUCUUGAUAACCAGUCAUUUUCUCCACCUUCAGAAACUUGCCUGGGAGCAAGGAGAUCUCACAGACCCAAA